AUGCCUCUAGUAGCCCUAAAGCGUGGUCACUGCGAGCUGCUCCUCGUUUUUGGCCUCAAGCUUACGGGUGGAGGGGACCAUCAUCACAGAUCCGUGCGUGCUGCUACGGCUUUGCCUGGACGACCCGCUGGGGGUCGCGAAAACAAAGGGGGAGGUUCUGGUCGACCUCCGUCAAGUCCCGCGCCUUCCUUGGGUGGUUGCACUAAACAUAGUGGUUCACAAGAUGCUCUUGCUAAAAGAAGUGGACUGAGACCGCAGGCCACUUCAGGAGGGGAUUCGGAAGAAUAUCAAUCUGGAUCCACGAAACGGUCCAAACGAAGUUUUCAUGAUUCACUUUCUGGAAACACUUCUUGUGUUAAAUCCUUUAAGGGAUCUCUGGGGGGUCACACUCGGUUUUCUAAUCCUGGUGGUAGUAGCACUGACAAAAAAUCCUUCGGGAAACUUGUUGAGGGGUCGCUUGGUAGACACACGGCCUUACCCGCUCGUGUUGACGCUGGUGAACAGGUUGUCCCGUCUUCUUUUGGUUCCUCGAAGUCUUCUGCUGUGGGUCAAUGUUCUGGUUUGGGUGAACAAACCAAGAAAGGUAGCAUCCGUUCUCAGGGUUUAAAGAAGGACAAAUCGGUUCUGGUGGAAGCUCGCAGAUCUUCGUCUUCCCGUGGGCCUGCGCGUUUCUCCAACACGCGAGAUGAUGCGGAGGUGGCUGGGAACCCGUUAUUGGUUGGAAAACGUGCCCCUAAGACUAGCUGGACUUGCAAUUUGUGCAAAACGACCUUCGUUGGCAGUGGUGCUAGCAAGCGCUCUCUGACUAUGAAAAGGGCUAACCAUAUUGCUUUGCCGGCCUUGCCUGCCUCGUUAAAGACCCAGUCCGUGCAACAUCAUUAUCGGACGCAGCACCCGAGACGCAAAACCGGCGCUGCUCGUCUGAAUGCCCUUCGAUGGAAACUGGCCAAAAAGGAUCCUGCUAAAGUGGUCAACUUUAGAGAUGCCAAAAAACAGGUUGGGAAAAAGCUGCAACAAAGGGCUUUAGCUCGCAAAGACUUGAAGCAAAAGGGGCAUGAGCUGGUCCCGGUUUCAGUGGAUUGGUCUUCUUGGCCCUUGGUUUCGGCCAAGCAACGCAGUCGUACUGCUUCCCUGUAUACUUGUGUGAAAUGUCGCACUUGGACACGAGGGAACUACCACCGUCGCUGCCUUGGUUUGCGGAAAGUUCCUCUGGUUGUGCAAUCAAGUGCUUGGAAACGGUUGAGCGCCUGCCCUCAGAAUCGGGUCGCUCUCUGUACUGCUUGGGGUAUUUCGGUUGAUGAAGCCGAGUCUUGGUAUUCCCAAACAAAGAGCUCGGACAGUUUGGUGUCCAAACAUUCUGUUUCCAACCAGUGGCUCAGACAGCUGGUCCAGGAGGGGAUUGAGCCACAUCCUGGCCCUGAAAGUCUGUCGCAGGUGCGUAUUGGUAGUCUGAACUGUCAUAGUGCCAACGGUUGUUGGGCUGCUCUGGAUAUGCUGGUGGCUAAUCCCAAGAUUCAGGUGCUCUGUGUGCAGGAAACUCGUAUGUGGCCAAACGAGUUUGCGUCGUUCAAGACUUCGGAUGCAGCACUCGUUGGAACUCGGACAGAGAAAUUGACUGGUUUGCCUCUAACCAGAUUUCGGGGCUUUCUGGUUUGA